CAUCGCUUCAUACCCCUUCCCCAAAUCGACACCAGCAGCAAAAGGAGGCAGCAGUUCAACACAGGUCAAACCCUAAAAAAACCCUAGAAAAUGGUGCGGAAGAAGACGGUGGAGUUCGACGAAUCGCCUCCAGACAUCGAUCUCAGCAAUCCCUAUGGCGAUCCAGUGGCGAUGCUCGAGUAUCGAGAGCAUCUCGUCCGCGAGAAAUGGAUCCAGAUCGAGACCGCGAAGAUCAUCAGAGAGAAGCUCCGAUGGUGCUAUCGUAUUGAGGGGGUGAAUCAUCUUCAGAAGUGCCGCCAUCUCGUUGAUCAGUAUCUUGAGGCUACUCGCGGUGUUGGAUGGGGCAAGGAUCAUCGUCCUCAUGAGCUCCAUGGCCCGAAGAAAGAAGUGGAGGAGUAGCUCGAGUUCUGGUCGUCAAGGUAAUUGUGAGAGUGGUAGAAUUGAGUCGGCCGUGUCUUCCUAUCGUUAAGUGUUUGUGUUUGAAAUCAGAUACCUGCAUCCUUCUUCCUGCAGAUGUUACUUUAUGAUUUGAUUUCUAAUAAUGGUCUUCAUGAACAAAGUACUGUGGUCUGUUAAACCAAACCUUAUUACAUUUAAAAGAACUUGGUUGUGACCGAGGAUUACUUCGAACUCACGAUCGAUGAAAGACAAGCUAUGCUGGUAUUUCCUGUUCAA